CAAAAUGGCGAAGGGUUGUAGUGAAGUGGGCUGUGUUUGAGGCCGGUGUAAGAACGCUCACUCUCUCCCCCCCCAACCUUCGUCCCCAGGUCCUCGGUUUGUGCGUGUGUAUGUGCGGGGUGCCUGGUGGGGCGGGUGCCCGGUAAGUGCUCGGACUCGCAGGGGAAGCGCCCACGGGGUCGUGAUUGGUUGUUUUUUCCUGUAUGAAGCGGUUGGCACCACUGAAGUGACCGAAUGAGAGACUCUACAGGGGCAGGUAAUUCACUGGUCCACAAGCGGUCUCCUUUACGUCGAAACCAAAAGACCCCAACAUCCUUGACCAAGCUGUCUUUACAGGAUGGACAUAAAGUCAAAAAGCCAGCAUGUAAAUUUGAAGAGGGUCAGGAUGUCCUAGCUAGAUGGUCAGAUGGCUUGUUUUAUCUUGGAACUAUCAAAAAGAUAAACAUAUUGAAACAGAGCUGCUUCAUCAUAUUUGAAGACAGUUCUAAAUCCUGGGUUCUCUGGAAGGACAUUCAAACAGGAGCCACUGGAAGUGGGGAAAUGGUCUGUACAAUAUGUCAAGAAGAGUAUUCAGAAGCUCCCAAUGAAAUGGUUAUAUGUGAUAAGUGUGGCCAAGGAUAUCAUCAGUUGUGUCACACACCUCAUAUUGAUUCCAGUGUGAUUGAUUCAGAUGAAAAAUGGCUCUGUCGACAGUGUGUUUUUGCAACAACAACAAAGAGGGGUGGUGCGCUUAAGAAAGGACCAAAUGCCAAAGCAUUGCAAGUCAUGAAGCAAACAUUACCCUAUAGUGUGGCAGACCUUGAAUGGGAUGCAGGUCAUAAAACCAAUGUCCAGCAAUGUUACUGCUAUUGUGGAGGCCCUGGAGACUGGUAUUUAAAGAUGCUACAGUGCUGCAAAUGUAAACAGUGGUUUCAUGAAGCUUGUGUGCAAUGCCUUCAAAAGCCAAUGCUAUUUGGAGACAGGUUUUAUACAUUUAUUUGCUCUGUCUGCAGUUCUGGACCAGAAUACCUCAAACGUCUACCAUUACAAUGGGUAGAUAUAGCACACCUAUGCCUUUACAACCUAAGUGUUAUUCACAAGAAGAAAUACUUUGAUUCUGAACUUGAGCUUAUGACAUACAUUAAUGAAAACUGGGAUAGAUUGCACCCUGGAGAGCUGGCAGACACACCAAAAUCUGAAAGAUAUGAGCAUGUUCUGGAGGCAUUAAAUGAUUACAAGACCAUGUUUAUGUCUGGGAAAGAAAUAAAGAAGAAGAAGCAUUUGUUUGGGUUGCGAAUUCGUGUUCCUCCUGUGCCACCAAAUGUGGCUUUCAAAGCAGAGAAAGAACCUGAAGGAACUUCCCAUGAAUUUAAAAUUAAAGGCAGAAAGGCAUCCAAACCUAUAUCUGAUUCAAGGGAAGUAAGCAAUGGCAUAGAAAAAAAAGGAAAGAAAAAGUCUGUAGGUCGUCCACCUGGCCCAUAUACAAGAAAAAUGAUUCAGAAGACUGCUGAGCCACCUUUGGAUAAGGAAUCAAUUUCAGAGAAUCCUACUUUGGAUUUACCUUGUUCUAUAGGGAGAACUGAGGGAACUGCACAUUCAUCCAAUACCUCAGAUGUGGAUUUCACGGGUGCUUCCAGUGCAAAAGAAACUACCUCGUCUAGUAUUUCCAGGCAUUAUGGAUUAUCUGACUCCAGAAAAAGAACUCGUACAGGAAGAUCUUGGCCUGCUGCAAUACCACAUUUACGGAGGAGAAGGGGUCGUCUUCCAAGAAGAGCACUCCAGACUCAGAACUCAGAAAUUGUAAAGGAUGAUGAAGGCAAAGAAGAUUACCAAUUUGAUGAACUCAACACAGAGAUUUUGAAUAACUUAGCAGAUCAGGAGUUACAACUCAAUCAUCUAAAAAACUCCAUUACCAGUUAUUUUGGUGCUGCAGGUAGAAUAGCAUGUGGUGAAAAAUACCGAGUAUUGGCUCGUCGGGUGACACUUGAUGGAAAGGUGCAGUAUCUUGUGGAAUGGGAAGGAGCAACUGCAUCCUGACUGUAGGACUGAACAUUAUGUUCACUGCACUCUCAUUUUCUGUAGGUACAGUUCAAAGCCCUAAAGGAGUCUGGCUUUUACUAUCUUUCUUAAAAAAAAAAAAGGUAAAAAAAAAGUCACUUAAGGAGAUAAUACUAGCCUUAACAUGUACUUGUCAAUGUUAUGGAUAUUGUCAUAAAAAGAUAUCUUUUAAAAAUCAGAACAGAGACUUAAUUUUUUAAAUCUUAAGAUUUGUAGAAUGUUUCUAGGAUAGGAUAUUAAAAAUGAUUCAAACCGAUGCAUGGUGUUAGAUAAUUUUUCUAAUUAUUCCAUUGAGUCAGUUUUUGUGGUUAGUGGUUAUCAGAGCAAACUUAUCAUGUAGAUAGAUAGCACAAGUAUUUGGAGAAACAUUGUCUGUUUUGUUACCAAAAUGUUGGAAAAAAUUUAUUUCAAUACCUUUUAGAAUUCAUAAAGUGCAGUGUAUAUAAUGCCUACUAAAAGACUGUAAAAUAUUGAAAUUUUCUUUCAAAGUGUAAAAAAUAUAUUGAGCCUGUAAAUUGCUCUGUGACUAGACUUCAUUGUCGUCUUAAUAUAUUCUUUGCAUGUGCAUAUAUAUACACACGUGUGUAUAUAUAUGUGUGUGAUUGAUUAUGUGACCUAUGCAAUACAAAUUAUGGGAAUGGGCAGCUUUGGAGUAUAUAUCCCAUAAUUCUUUUUUCAGGAAUAGUUGCAGUAUUUACACAGCAGCAUUUCUUCUCAGGCUUUUAUUGGGUGCUGUUGCUUGCUAUGUAUGAAGAGAAAUGUGUCAGACAAGUUUAGUGUGUUCUGAAGAAGGGUGUGAACAACAGUGUUCAUGGGCUUUUUCGAAUGCUUUUCACUUUCAGUCCUUGUAACUCAGCUGUUCAGUACCUAAAACAAAUUCAAAUAGUAUGAAUAUUAUCUCCUACUAGAAGUAACGUUUUCAAGUUUUCAUGGCACAUUAUGAUUGUAAAUGUCUCUCAGUUUUAACAGUAAGUCUAUAGGAGUCCCGUGAAGAUUCCUGAAAUGUCUGUAGUAACUGUUAGUCAUGUUGAAUAAGUGUAGUAUGAACAAAGUAUUUUAUUGCACAGGGUUAACAAACAGUAUGUUGCCUGCAGAGACAACUGCUGUUUUAUUACAACAUUACCUCUUGUUUUUAUACAGCAUACCAAGAUUUAAAUUGAUAACUUUAUUUUACAUGUGUUAAAAAAAAAAAAACAAGUUUCUUUUAGCACCAGUGUUAGAGCUGUCUUCUGUUCCUUUUUGUUUUGUUUUGUUUGUUUGUUUUCUUUUUUAGCCAAAGAGUAAACAGAAGAAUAUUCUUAUUUUGGUGGCUAUUCAUUUUACUCUUAAAAGUGAUUGGUGGAUUUUAGCCUAAAAUUUGGAGAAUUUGCCACCAAAAUGAAAAAUAUGUAAAGUGUAGUGAUUACAGAGCGGUUAAAAAUGUGGGUUAGUACUUAUUUAUUCCAUUGAUUGAUUAUUUGACUGUUUAUAAGAAAGUUGCUUUAUUUCUUUAAGCAUCUUCAAAAGAUGACCUUUUCUUGUCACAUUAUAGCCAAAAGAAGCAGAGAACUUCGUAGUCCUGCAUUUGGUUCCUGGUUGGCCAGGUAUAAAUGAGCUUUACAAAAGUGCAAAUUAAGAACUGUCACUUCUGUUUACCUCCACCAAAACUUGAUUUUCCCCUAGCUAUUAAUUUAAAGUUGCCUUUCCUGCAGCUGCAAUAUUUUGAAUAACACACAGAGUUUGUGUUGAUUUUGAAUGUUUGUUUAUAUCUAGGGGUAAUGGAAAAUGUAAAUCCCGUGUAACCUUAUUCACUCCACGUGUAUCAUAUUAUUUCAUUUUUCCCAAAGUCCUUUAAUUCUAACUGAACACCAGCAGUAUUUUUAGUAAUUCUUUCUUUAGCAUACUUGGAAGAUGAUUUAUUAAGCUGAACUGUCUUUAGACGUAAUUAUUGUGAAUGUUUGUUUUAUUUUAUCAUGGUGGUUCACAUGGCUCUGAUGUUCAGUUUGUAUUUUUGGAAUUGCUUUACUUAGAUUAAAACAGACCAACAUUAAAUGUGUGUAUUUUUUAAA